AUGGUUGUCAACGACGCGCCAAAAGCCAACUCCCGAUCGGUGCGACCAAAACUCAAGUCUAAUGAUGCAAAUGACUUGAAAAUAGUGACCAAAAAUGAAAAAAAGCAUCGAUUGAAGCAACGGUUCGAAGUGAUCCGCAAAUUGGGACAGGGUACUUAUGGCAAGGUCCAAUUGGCCAUCAACAAACAAACUGGACAGGAGGUUGCUAUAAAAACUAUCAAGAAAUCGAAAGUAGAAAGUGAUCAGGACUUGAUUCGCAUCCGAAGGGAAAUACAGAUCAUGUCAUCCAUACAACACCCGCAUAUCAUUCAUAUAUACGAAGUUUUUGAAAACAGAGACAAAAUCGUAUUAGUCAUGCAAUACGCGAGUGGAGGAGAAGUCUAUGAGUACGUGAGCGAUAGGAAAGUUUUGUCCGAUUCUGAGGCAAGACGUAUCUUCAGACAAAUAGCGACAGCCAUUUAUUACUGUCAUAAGAAUAAGAUAUGUCACAGAGAUUUGAAACUCGAAAACAUUUUACUUGACGAAAAAGGAAAUGCAAAGAUUGCAGAUUUCGGUCUUUCAAAUGUAUUCGACGAAAGACAUUAUCUCCAGACGUUUUGCGGAAGUCCUUUAUAUGCUUCACCAGAAAUAGUGAAAGGGUUACCAUAUUUUGGGCCCGAGAUCAACUAUUGGACGGUUAGGUUGAUUGUUGGUCUUUGGGGGUUCUGCUAUAUACCCUGGUAUAUGGUGCCAUGCCUUUCGAUGGCAUAUAAUAUUAGAAAGGCGUCGGAACUCAUUAAGCGAUUGCUUACUCCCAAUCCCACCGAAAGGGCUACUAUUAUAGACAUUUGCACUGAUUUGUGGGUUAAUAACGGAUUCGAGCACUCGUUGCUCAAAGUGGCCGAAGACAUGGCAAACCUGACUCCAGUCAGACUGGAAAUACUUCUGGCUUUGGCUCCCGUCUCGCCUUCAGCUGAAAAGAUAGGAACAAAUCCUUUUGAUUUGGCAGAGGAUAGCAGUAAAGAGAUAAAUGAAAAUAAAAGCCAAAACACUGAGAAUUUGGACGAAUCGAGAACUGAUGCCAACUCUUUAGAUAAUAGUUUAAAGAAACGACAGGCGAACCCAUCCUUUGAUCAAAGUUUGACUAAAAUUCCGACACAAACGCCAAAGAAGAAGAAAACAAAGAAAUCACAAAAUGAGUCACAAGUGAUGACAAAUGUUGAAGAAAAUAAAGAUAUUUGUGACCAACAGAUUAUUGCAAACAAUUGCAAAACCAAUGAAUCAAUCGAUGUUUCAGUUAAUGAUAAGCAAACAACCGAUUCUUCACAACAGAGCCAACAAGAGGUUGAAGUAAAGGCAGAGUUAAAUGAAAUUCCGAAAACUGAUAAUAAAAAUGUGGAACCGAUUGAGUCUAAAGGCGAAGUGAAAAAGAAAGUAAAGAAAGAGCGGAGCGGUAGCACAAAAAGACCCGGAAAGCUGUCGAUCCCUAACCUAUGGAACAAGAGCUUAGAUAUUCCCGAACCACUCGACGACAAAACGAGUCAAUCAAGCGAUUCAAAGUGUGACCGGAAGGCGCCGUUUAUUCCGAUUGGAUUCCGUGUUUCUGACGCCAAGCGGGCCUUUGAGAGGCGCUGUUCUGUUCCCGUCAACAGCUCUCACUUCAGCUCUUUUGCCACUAAGAGAAUGGACUCUAAAAUUGAAGAAUCAGAUGAAACAAAGAACGCAAAGACUGUAAGACAAAGGGCUCCUAAAUUAAGCUCCAGAAGUCUUAGCUUAAAUGAAAUGCUAGAAUCGCCUAAAAGAGUAUUAGAAUUAAACGAUUCGCUUAAGAAUAAGGAUAACGAUCAACAAAAAUGUACAGAAAUUAAAGAAGAAUUGAAUCAAAAUAAAGUUGACAUUAACUCUGAGUCAACGGAACAAUCAAAAGAAGAGAAACUAAAUGAUUUGAUUUCUAGUCCAGUUAUGGACAAGAAUAUGGCUAAAGAUAUUUUAACCAAAACCAUAGCCAAAGCAAAACUUAUGGAUAAAAGACAUAAUUCUCCGUCAAAAGAGUCGACUCCUCCGACUACUGGCAUCACAACUCCAUUAGUCUCUAUCGAAAACUCUGAUCUUUCGAUACUCUCUGAGCCGUCAUUCUUCCGAAAGCCGCGCCCUGAAAAUUGUGAGAACACUGACAAAAACUCUUCACAAGCAGUUCAGACAAAAGCGGCUCCAAUUGCUCGCAGCUAUAAAAAGGUCACAUUUACUAAAGACGGCGCCUGUAUUACAGAGACGGGCAAAAUAUAUUCUUCAGAGGGCGCCGACGGCUCCUAUACUCGAGUCGAAAAGAAGAGUAAAGUCACACACUUUCCAUAUGAAGAUCAGUCCAACCAAAGUCAAAGUCAUGUCAUUGAUACCAGUCCUCAAGAGACCAGUCGUGAGCAAAGUCUGCAACGAUCCGAUAGUCAGAGCUCAUCCGGUUCUCUGGAUAUAUUUGAUGACAUAUUUGACAACCACUGGUGCGGAGAAUCGAUUUUCCCAAACAUGCGAUCAUUGCUUCACAGCGUUGUCGGCAACAGGAAGUCGAGGCGUCGGUCCAGAGCCGAGAGCUGUGAACGCAAUGCAAGCGAUUGGUUUGGUUUGAAGAAGUUCUCACCUCAAUCCGAUCACGAAAGUGAAGCCGACGACUACGAGUCCCCCUUCUCGAGAAGUGUUUGGCCCACUACUAGACCCUCUAUAUUCGAGAGAUCGUCUAUUUUUUCAAACAAAUUUGAUAAAGAUUUCAAUGGUUUCGAUGAUUUGAAUCAUUCAAUUCGUGAAAUGAAUCGCUCGGUUAGUAGAGACCGGAGUUCGUUUGAAUCGCGAGUACAUCCCAAGUCCUUCAAUGUGGUCUUCGGUCCACAAACUAGUGUCAGAACCACUACUGAUAGGAGCGCCGAUCCCUUCGAAACGGAUGACAUUUAUGACAAUUCUUCGAAAAUUUUGGUCUCAGGAUUCGGAUUCACUUAUAUCCGACUAAAACGAGUCGAACAAUGGCUCCAAUCAGACAAUUCUGACGAUAAUUCGGAACAAACGGAUUCAAAGACUCCAUUCUCGAUGUACGCAACGGUUGGUCCGCGAGGGGUCCGUAGAUAUCUGCGAACCAUUAGUAGCCGAUCUACAAGUGAUAAACCAAAUAAUGAAAUGACGAAUUCGUUGUCCAAUAUGGGAUCGUUUGGCACUUCUUCAGGAGCACAGCAUUCGGUGCCAUCGACUCAGACGCCAACGGUUCCAAAAGAAUCGGUCAUUGAAAUGAGAUUCACAUUAAAUCCAACAAACAUUGAGAGCAAUCGCGUGAAUAACUUGAAUACCACUUCUUCGGGGAGUUAUUUGAAUACAACAUCAGAACUAUUGGCCAACAGUUCUGAUGACUUGCUGUUGAGUAAUAUUGUAGUUCCCGAGAGUAGUUCACUGUUGGAUCAGUUGCGAACUCACGGGUACAGGAACACUGUGCAACAGCGGCUAUCAGGGUCAUCCCUUUUCAGUGAUUUGGACUCCAAUUUGACCGAAAAUGAUGUAAACUAUAAAAGAGGUAAAAGUGUUUUGAGCUGUUCUUCACAAGUUGUCGCUACCAAUGGCAAUGCAAACGCAUGUGAGUGCCAGUGCAUGGAUCAAACUAACCCAAUGGCUACUUCCAGUACCAAAACCAGUGCCAAUACCAGUUCCACUACCAGUGAGGCUGCAAUCGCUGCUCAUAAUUCAAACGCCUAUAAUAAUAAUGAAUUAAAAGCUUCCGAUUCUUUGAAAUAUGCCAAUCAAAUAGAUAUUAGAAACUGUUUGAAUGACAUUGAAAAUGAGUGUAUCGACCUUCAUGUCCGCAAACAGUCUCCUGAACCAACUUCAAGAAGUACUGCUCGUAAACCAUAUAAUAAUAGUGAGACAUCAGUAACAGACGACUCACCCGAAUGUAACCCAACUCUCAAACCAAACAUAACUACUAAUAAAAGUGUGAAUUUCAAAGAAUCAGUUCAGGAGAGGAUUCAUCGCAAGAGCUUUUACUCGCGAUUUAAUGAGCGACCGGUGCUCUCGUCGCGAACCAAACGCCGCUCUUUCAUCGAUUCCGAUGACUUGAGUCUUGCCUUUGGCUCAAAGUUGUCUUCUCUCACCAGAGGCUCCAAUAGCUUCCGAAGCAGUCUGUCAUAUGACGACCCCUUCGCCUCUCCCUCUAAGUCUGCCUCCAAUUCGAGCGAUUGGUUCCAAAGAAUGGAAUCAAGAGUUUCUCAACUAAUGGACGACUUAUCCAACGAUAGAAUCUCUUCAUUUGGAAGUCAUUUCCGAAAUGAUUCGCUUGAAAACAAUGUGUCAUUUGGUUCGCGUCGCAGAUCGUCAUCGACUACAAGAAGCGAUUUGUCUACUCCUCGCUCUUAUAAAUCAGAUUUUGAUUCUUAUUUCAAUUCUGUUACCAAUUCUCUGAAUGAUAACCAAAGCAGUCAAAAGUCUAAUGAUUCUAAUGAUGGAGAUCUUACAUCUCCACAAGAAGUCAUACAAAAGGCUAUCAAUAUUUUGUCCCAAAGCGAGUGA